AUGCCCCCCGCGCGGGGCGAAGGCCAUCGACGUGCUUUUAGUGUGCUGCGCGCAUGCGACACGCCCGCACCCUUCUGCGCUCCUGGUAGCCGCGCGGCGAAAACGCGAGCCGCGAUCCGCUCCGCGCGCCGAUUUCCGAGCGAAACAGGCGCCGAACGAUGCGCUGACGCGAAAAUGGUCGCGAUCCUGGCGAACCCCAAGUGGAGCGAGGACCUCACGAUACAGAUGAUCAUCGAGUACGAGAGGCGCGAGUAUCUCUGGAACCCGGUCGCCGAGCACUACAAGAACAAGAAGAUCCGCGAGCAGGGCUACGUAGAGAUCAUAAAAGCGCUCAAUCUCGUCGACGUGACGGUCAAGGAGCUCAAGAACAAGAUAAAAAACAUCCGCUCCUCGUACAGCGUCGAGCUGAAGAAGAUACGCGCGGCGCGGAAGGCGGGCGCGCAUGCGUACCGGCCGAGCGUCACGUGGUUCGAGCACGCGGACAGGUUUCUGCGGGCGAUCGUCACGCCGAUAUCGAUGGACAACAGCCUGCUGGAGAUACCGGCGAGCGACGACAGCGACGCGGUGCAGGAUCUGAGCGAGCGCAAAUCGCCCGAGAAGAAGAGCCCCCGAAAGCGGCGGAGCUCGACGCGCUCGUCCACCCCGUACGUGUUGAACACGCCCUCGCCGCGGCCCGGCACGCCGUUCGGCAUCAGCCAGACGCCGUUCCCCAUCCUGCCGCCUUCCACCACGUUCCUGAACCCGCCCGUCGGCAUAGCCACGCCGCUGACCUCGCUGGCGACCAUAUAUCCGCCCGCCAAGCGGAAGAAGUCCGGCCGCGACGACCGUUCAGAGUCCGAAGUGCCGCAGGACCUCAGCCGCCACUCGGAGGGCAUAAAUGAGAACGAGUUCGAGAUGUUCGGCAAGCUCAUCGCGAGCCAGUUGCGCAAGUUGCCGCUCAGCCUCGCUCUGGACACGCAGCUGAAGAUACAGACGUUGGUGAACGCGGCUCGCAUACAGGCGGUCUACCAACAGUACAGCUACGCGGGCCCUUCCCAAGAGGCGCUGUCCGUACAGGCUCUGUCGAACGGUAUACUAGCCAGCAUGGCCACUCAAAGCACGUUCGCUUCACGCGCCGUUAUGGGAAUGCGCAACGACUCCCCCGACGAUCUGAGGGACCUCAAGACCGAGUACUCUUUGGGGUCGGAGCCCGAAGAC